CAAGCCCCCCCAAGCCCCCCCAAAACCCCCCCCAGACCCCCCCAGCCCGUGCCGAUGCCGCUGGGGCUGGGCCGCCGCAAGAAGCCGCCGCCGCUGGUGGAGAACGAGGAGGGGGCCGGGGGGCGCGGGGGGGCCCCGGGGGAGCCGGGGGGGCCCGCGGGGGGGGGCGCGGGGGGGGCGGCGCCCCCCCCCCCGCUGCGGCCCCGGCUGGCGUUCCACACGCAGCUGGCACACGGCAGCGCCACCGGCCGCGUGGAGGGGUUUGGGAAUGUCCGGGAGCUGUACGGCAAGAUCGGGGAGGCCUUCGGCAUCCCCCCCAGCGAGGUGCUGUUCUGCACGCUGAACACGCCGCAGGUGGACAUGGAGAAGCUGCUGGGGGGGCAGAUCGGCCUCGAGGAUUUCAUCUUCGCGCACACGCGCGGCCGCCAGAAGGACGUGCAGGUGCUGAAAUCCGAGGAGGCGCUGGGGCUCACCAUCACCGACAACGGGGCGGGCUACGCCUUCAUCAAGCGGAUCCGCGAGGGCUCGGUGAUGGCGCGCACGCCCCAGGUGGGCGUCGGGGACGUGCUGGAGGCGCUGGACGGGCGCAGCCUGGUGGGCACGCGGCACUUCGAGGUGGCACGGCUGCUGCAGGAGCUGCCCCGCGGGCACCGCUUCCAGCUGCGGCUGACCGAGCCCCGCCGGGCCUGGGACGGGGUCGGGCCCCGCUCCGGGGGGGUCUCAGGCCGGGGGGGGCCCCCCCAGGGGGUCUCGGGCCGGGGGACGCUGAGGCUGCGCUCGAGGGGCCCGGCCACGCUGCAGGAGCAGCCGUCGGCGUUCGAGGAGCGCGCGGUGGCCAAGGUGGACGAUCUGCUGGAGAGCUACAUGGGCAUCAGGGACAGCGAGCUGGGUGAGCCCCAAAACCCCGGGAACCCCAAAAUCCGGGACCCCAAAACCCCAGGAACCCCAAAAUCUGGGACCCCAAAAUCUGGGACUCCCAAAAAAACCCCUGGGAUCACCCCAAUCCCCCCCGGGCUCUGCUGGAGAGCUCCAUGGGCAUCUGGGACAGUGAGCUGGGGGAGCCCCAAAACCCUGGGGACCCCAAAACCCUGGGAACCCCAAAAUCCUGGGGAACCCCAAAACCCUGGGAACCCCAAAAUACAGGACCCCCAAAAACCCCCCUGGAAUCACCCCAAUAAAAACCCCAGGAUUACCCCAAAAAAACCCUGGAAUUGCCCCAAAAACCCCCGGGCUCUGCUGGAGAGCUCCAUGGGCAUUGGGACAGCGAGCUGGGGGAGCCCCAAAACCCUGGGAACCCCAAAAUCCUGUACCCCAAAACCCUGGGAACGCCAAAACCCCGAGAACUCCAAAAUCCAGGACCCCAAAAUCCCGGGGAACCCCUAA